AAAAAUAAGCGGACGAAGCGCGCUUUACGUCUUUACUCUUGUAGGUAGCUAUUCGGGUCAAUUCUCACACUCAUUCCCUUCCUUUUUGGUAUGAGUUAUUCUAUGGAACCGCCAGCAAUGAGCACUUUUUUAUCAGACAACGAAACAGUUGGAGAAUCCACUAACCUUUUGCAUCUCGAAGGUCAUAGUUGGAGCCAGCUGCAAGAUGGGACUAUUGAGAUAACUGACCGAUUGCCUAAGAAAGAAUACUACAUGAGUCUUCGGAGGUUCAACAGCACUGGUCCUAAUUCUGGAACUGCACACAGGUUGGGAAGUAUUUCCAGUGGUUCAGCUGCUGGAUUAGCCAAUGGAUCAUCUGGUUUACUAGGUGGUAACUCACCCUCACCGCGCCCAUGUGGUAGUACUCUACGUGGAUCAUCACACCCAUCGGUUGUUGAUUUUAAACCUUCUGGUAAAAUAGUAGAUUGUACGGUUGUAAUGCUGGAUGGCACAACAAGAGAGUUUCGUUUAGAUAAAGCUGCCUAUGGACAACAAUUAUUCGAUGCUGUUUGUACACAUCUUGGUUUAUUAGAGGUUGAAUUCUUUGGCAUCACAUAUUACGAUUCAACUAAUAAUUGGUUCUGGCUCCAAACUGAUCAGAAAAUUGCAAAACAAAUCGGUAAAAAUGAAUGGCAGUUUGAAUUUCAAGUUAAAUUCUAUCCAUGUGAUAUCGACUCAAUCAAAGAAGAUAUAACACGUUACUAUCUUUGUCUACAAGUACGGCAGGAUAUAGUUAGUGGACAGCUUCCAUGUUCAUUUGUAACUUAUUGCAUUCUUGGGUCGUAUAUAGUUCAAUCAGAAGCUGGCGACCAUGAUCCGACUCAACAUAUUGGCAUAAAAUAUAUACAAGAUCAUCCAUUUGCUCCUCAUAUGCUUCAAACACCUGAAAUGUUAGGAAGAAUUGUUGAACUACACAAACUUCAUCGUGGUAAAACACCUGAGGAGGCUGAUCGUUUAUUUUUAAAUAAUGCUCGUAAAUUGGCCUUGUAUGGUGUUGAUUUGCAUAAAGUUAAGACGUCUCAAGGUCAAGAUAUUACUCUGGGUGUUUAUUAUGGAGGUAUCCUGCUAUACCGUAAUCGUAUUCGUUUAAUGAGAAUUAGUUGGCCGCGUAUUAUAAGUCUAUCACAUCGUGGACGUAAUUUUAUUAUUGCACGAAGACCUGGUGAUGAUUCAUUAGAUCGUAAUAUGACUUUUAAAUGUAUUAGUCCUACACUGGCUAAACGAUUAUAUAAUGUUUGUGUGGACCAUCAUAAUUUUUUCAGACUUCGUGGGUCGUCUAGACCGAAAAAACCGAGUUUAUUCCCUUCGUUUGCUACUCGCAAAUAUCAUUAUCCUGGCACAACUGUGAAUUCAUCUUCGAUCGACGCUACUGUCGGUGUCGGUGGACAUAAUCAAACAUCUCGACCUUUAUCUAAAUUUCGUCCAAUGCCUGCCCAUCCUUCAGAGACUGGAUGGUUUACAUUUGCUAACCGCGGUGAAAUGGAUCAUAUGAAUGGUGCAGUCGCCAGUCAAUAUCAGUACCAACCAGCUAUGGUAAGUGGUGAUCCAGCCUGUAUGGAUCCCACUUAUUUCUGUAAUCAAAAUGUAAUCAAUGGACUGCCCAUACCAAAUGCUCAAGGUGUCCAACGCUAUUACCAACCAAGUAGUAAUGAUGUUACCGGCUUAAUGAAUGGUCAUCAUCCUAAUAGUAAUAAUAAUCAUAUCAAUAAUAUGCCCACAAUGAUUACUAGGAUAUCAUUUGAACCUGAACACUGGCGUAUAACUGGAGCUGAUUGUACAGCAGGCUUAGGAAUAGAUGCUCGGGGCUUAGAUGUUGCAUCUACACGUGGAGCUGGAUGGCAAGGUUGUAGAGCUAAUAAAGGUGUAAAAGCUCCAGGUGCAUAUUACUAUGAAGCGGCUUGUUUAGAGGAAGGACUUAUACGUGUCGGUUGGUCAACUAAUGAUGCCAAUUUAGAACUUGGUGCAGAUAAUUAUGGUUUUGGUUAUGGAUCCGAUGCUGUAGGCUCUGCUGGUAUGAAUGGCACUGGACGUGUAAUGCAUCGGAAUACUGGUCAUGAUUACGGAAUAAUGGUUCAUCAGGGUGAUGUAAUUGGUUGCCUGUUAGAUUUAGACAAAGGAUCAAUUUCUUGGUCAUGUAAUGGAAAAAUAUUUCAACGUGCAUUCACUAUACCUGACCAAUUAAGAGGAGAAGCUUUCUUACCAGCGGCUAGUCUAAAAGAUUCACGUAUCCUAUUUAAUUUCGGUGAAGAACAACCGUUAGAAUUCCCACCAGAUGGUUCAUUUAUUCCUGUAGCUCAAUCUGCUGAUGAUAGUCAAGUAUCUAAUCGAAAUCCUGGUUGGCGCAUGAAUCAGUACGAUGCAACGAAUGCUUUAGAUGUUGCACCCGACGGUAGUCAAGUUCAGUCACAUUUUAAUCAAGGUUGGCAAGGUUGUCGAUCAAAUCAUGGUAUUCGUGGUCUUGGACGCUUCUACUUUGAAGUAACUCCUAUUGAAUCUACUGGACUAUGGCGAGUUGGUUGGUCAACAGAUGAUGGGAAUUUAAUUGUUGGCACAGAUCAAUAUGGUUUCGGUUAUGGUGCAGAUAACGAAGGUUUCGGUUUGAAUGGACAACAAGGAAAACGUAUACAUUGUGAUGAAAUUGAAAAUUAUGGUGAAGCAUUCUCUAAAGAUGAUGUGAUCGGCUGCUUUUUGGAUACGAUUGAACACACUAUUAAAUGGUCAAAAAAUGGUUUAGAAUUUGGUGACGCUUAUCGAAUUCCAUCUGAAUUGUUACAUUCUAAAAAUUUGACAGCAUUGUAUCCGACUGUGUCCUUGUUGAAUUCUACCCUGGAAUUGAACUUUGGCGACAAACCAUUUAAAUAUUAUCCUGGGCCUGACUGGACACCUGUAUGCUGUGCUCCUCCUGAAUGUACUAAACGUUCUAGACGUAAAGGUCCUGAAGUAAGUCAGAUAUAUAUCUUGACAACUCAGUAUGUGUAUAUCCACUAUAAACACCGUGAGAUGAAAUGAUAUUAGAACUGAUAUGUAUAACAAAUAAAUUGUUUGACAAAAUCUUAAGUAAUUUAUGUCUUUAAUAGUUGUUCAAUCGAAUGUUUUGUAUUUUGUAGAAAUCCAAAAUUUUUUCGGUAUUUAAUGGGCUAUUUUUUUUUACUUAUAUGGCGUUAUUCAUUGAACAACUUGGCAGACAUAAUGAAUUAUUCAUUUUUCAUGAUUGUUAUCUUUAUCAUUCGUUGACAAAGUAUAUUACUAUCUAGUCGCCACAUUUUCGAAAGAAAAUUAAACAAACUCGACUAUCUAACAAUGGAAAAUGGUAACCAGUAGGACUAGCUAAAAGUUUUGCGUCCGAUUGAUUUAAAGUCAUACCAUGGUCUACCAUUAAUUGUAUGUUUACGUGUAUCAAUUUUGCGUACAUAAAUUGUUCUUUUCACCGAAUAUUUGUUACGGCGAUAAUCAUCAUCAUCAUGAAGUUUCUGAGGCAUAAAUUGAUGCGUGUAGAAAUGCAUCUUCAUGGACAACAGCACUUUUAAUAUAUUGGUUUAUUGACGGUAUAUACAAAGUAAUAUACAUAAAUCUUGUAAGUAAUAUAGUUAUGUCUGAUAAACAAUGUAUGAAAAGCAAUAAAUACUUUAAUAAAAUGACAUAUCCAUAGUGUUAUGUGGUGUUAUAGUCACGAAAUAUUUAUGUAUCAAUGUUUUCGUCAUGUGAGAAUUACAAGGUUAUGGUUUGCAGUGCGUAAGUCAAACUUAGUCUCAUGUUACAAGACGACACACAUAGGAGCAUCUAAAACAUGGAAGAAGGAAUAUAGGAAAAUAAUUACCUAAUAUGUGUGAUAUAAGAUUGUGGUAGCGAAUUUGUUUCACGGUUUCAUAUCCUCAACGAGAAAGUAUGUGUAUGAGUAGAUUUAAAACCACAAAUCAUGUUUACUAGUGAUAUUCAGUUACGAUAUCUCGGCUAUUUCACAAACUGAAUUGCAUUACUUAAAUAUAGAAGAUAAUCUACUUAGUAUCUUGAAGAAAAUGGUUAUAUUUAGCUUAAAAUACCGUUUACAUAAAACAUCAACUCUUAGCUUAAUACAUCUAAAUUUGUAGUGUAUGAGGUUAAGCUUAAUGUCUGUUUAUAAUUAUUAUUUCUAAUAACAAACUCAACAAUUUCUACAACCUUUCAAUCAAGAGAAAAAUUCCAGAGUUCUAGUGAGAAACUGUGACCAGCGGGGCAAAACUGUCAAGUGUGUAGAAGGUGCUCAGCGGGCACAAUGAAAGAUAGUCGCACAAUAUCGUAGAUUGAUCGAAGUUACAUUUGUGCAUCGUUGGAUACCGGCUCAGUGAUCUGAAGUUUAAGCGUUCAUGUACAAGAUCGAAGGUUCUGGGUUCGACUUCUGCGUGCGGAAUCGUGGAUGCACACUGCUGAGGUGUCCUAUGCUAGGAUGAAACAGCCGUCCAGUUCUUCCAGGUUUUCACUGUUGGUCUAGCUAAGAUGUUUUCAGUGAAAUAAUAAUUCACUUUACCAGCAAUAAUAUACCAACAUACGAUCACAGACUAGGCAAUAGACAACACCAUACAUUAUAUAUAAUGUCUCCCCCGUAGACAUUCUCAGUUGAUUUCUCUGUGCUAAUGGGACAUAGCGACUUAAGCCGAUGUACACAUAUGUUAUGUGCUGCGUUACGACUAACUGACUUACUUGAAUCGAAUUGUAGUUGUAUCUAUUACUUUUCGAGCUUGGGUCUUUUUUGUUGUUUUCUAUUGAGUAAUAGAAACCUGGACAGUAUGACCUUCAUUCAUCUGAUUUUUAUUGUGUAACCUUAUUGUUACUUGAUUGAUUAAUGCGUUUCUCCGUUUCUGUUUCAAAUAUUUGAUUGAACUUUUAUUCGCUUUAUCAAUCUAUUUGAUUUUUUAUUCAAAACAUAUGUGUAUAUACAGCGGAAAGUGAAGGGGUGGUCAUAU